CCCCCACCCCGAGCAGAUAAGAUCGAUCGAUCGCGGAGCGAGAGAGAGAGAAAAAAAAUCUUCUCGUCGGUAGGGUUUCGGGGGGCUGCGAUGGCGAUGGAGGCGCGGAUGAAGGGGACGGUCAAGUGGUUCAACGACACCAAGGGGUUCGGCUUCAUCUCCCCCGACGACGGCAGCGAGGACCUCUUCGUGCACCAGUCCUCCAUCAAGGCCGACGGCUUCCGCUCGCUGGCCGAGGGCGAGGUGGUCGAGUUCGCCGUCUCGGAGGGCGACGACGGCCGCACCAAGGCCGUCGACGUCACCGGCCCCGACGGAUCCUUCGUGCAGGGCGGCGCGGGCGGCGGCGGGGGCGGCUUCGGAUCCCGCGGCGGCGGCGGAUCUCGCGGCGGCGGGGGCUUCGGCGGCCGCGGCGGGGACGGAUCUGGCGGGUACGGAGGUGGGUAUGGCGGUGGUGGCAGCGGCGGCUGGGGCGGCCAGAGGAGAUCCGGCGGUGGAGGCGCCGGUGGGGCCUGCUUCAAGUGCGGGGAGCCUGGCCACAUGGCCAGGGACUGCUCGGUCAACGGCCCCGCUGGUGGCGGCGGCGGCGGCGGCUGCUACAAGUGCGGCGAGCAAGGCCACAUCGCCAGGGACUGCUUCAACGGCGGCGCCGGCGGAGGAGGCGGCGGCUACGGCGGCGGCGGCGGCGGUAACUGCUACAGCUGCGGCGAGCCGGGCCACAUCGCGAGGGACUGCCCCACCAGCAGCGGCUUUGGCGGGGGCGGCGGCGGGAGGUUCGGCGGAGGAGGCGGCGGCGGCGGCGACCGCACCUGCUACCACUGCGGCGAGACCGGCCACAUCUCCCGCGACUGCACCAAGUGAGGGGAUAUCUCUGCCCCUCCCCCUCUAUAGAUUGCGCCUAAAUACCUCUCGUCUUAGUUUUGCCGAUCGAUCGAUCUGGGCCUGAGCGCCCAGCCGCAGCCGCCUCGCUUAUUUUAUCUUCCUCCCCCCUUCCGUUCUCGGAAUCCGUCCUAGGGGAAAGUCAGUCAGUCAGUCAGUCCGUGUGAUGGUUAAUUUUGCUAUGAAUUGGUCCUCUGGUACCCGUACCCGUACUCUCAGUUGAUGUUUAAGGUCGUGAUGAUGAUGGAUUAUUGGUGA